CACUACAGCCUCCUGGUUUUCCCUCAAAAUGGCGUUUCCCAGUUAUAUUAUCGGCGAGAGGAGGGGUGAGGCCUGAGGGAAUGAAGAUUAGACACCACUCUGAGGGAAACUGGUCGGGAAGAUAGAGAGAGGAACACAACAAGAGGCUCGAUCGCUAAGCUCUACUUUCGCUCGAUUGCGGAGACUGUUUCCUCUCGCUCGAUCAUUCCGUCGUUGUUAUCUACUAGCAGAAUUUUCUUAAUAUUUUCGAUCAAUUGCUCGUUCUUUUUCCCCAGAUUCUCGACGAGCUCUAAAUGUUACUGUGAGUGCUCUUUGGGGGUAUUCCGGUGGCGAAAAGAUGUUUCUUUCUGCAUCAAACAUGAAGCCUUACCUAUAUCCUUGUCCAUCUCUUUGUCUUAAAGAGAAACAUCAGUGUAAUUUCAACUCUUUCUCUGCUAUCAAACAAAUCCAAGGCCUUAAACAUGUUGGAUGUUUCGCUACCUCAAGUGAACCUGAUAAUAUGGACACGAAUGCUCAACAAAAAGUCCCUCCUAGGAUUAGGAAAAUGAAGAAAUCCAAAGCCUUAGAAGGUUUAGGUAUAGAAUCUAGUAAAAAAAAACCCACUACAAUUCCUAAGAAGCCCAGACGUGGUCGUAGGAGUGAAUCAGCUGCAGUUGUGGAUUUCGUGCGGGAUUCUCUUGAACGUACCUUUGCAACUAUAAGGGAGAAAAAUCCAGAUAUCAUGAAAGGCAAAGGAAACAUCUUGAAAGACCGCAUGGCUGAAAUUCAUGACGUCGAUUGUAGUAGUGGUGACAGUGACGAGGAAGGUGCUGAUGGCGAAACGAAAGAAAAGGAGAUGGUGGUUGAGGAAGAGGACCCAGAUUGGCCUCUGGAUGCAGAUGUGGGUUGGGGAGUUCGAGCAUCAGAAUAUUUUGAGAGACAUCCGAUAAGAAACAUUGUUGGGGAAGAUGGCGCUGAGAUUAAUUGGGAAGGAGAACUUGAUGAUUGCUUGGUGAAAGAAAUCAAUUGUCUUGAGUGGGAAAGUUUUGCUUUUCAUCCUAGCCCUCUGAUUGUUCUUGUUUUUGAGAGAUACAAAAGUGCGAGUAAGAACUGGAUAGCUCUCAAGGAACUAGAGAAAGCUGCUAAGGUGUACUGGACGGCCAAGGAUCGAUUGCCUCCUCGGACAGUCAAGAUAGACAUCAAUAUUGAAAGGGAUUUGGCCUAUGCUCUAGAUGUUAAAGAAUGCCCCCAAAUAUUGUUUUUGCGAGGAAACAAGAUUGUACACCGGGAAAAAGUAAAAGUCAACAUUGAUUAUGGUUUUUCAAUCAGUCGGAUGAAGGCAUAACAACAUCACAAGAAAAAUGUCAUAGAAGAUCUCAGUUCCUAGUCUUAUUUUUUAAAUCUAAAUUUCUUAGCACAAAUAUUAAAUGACAUACAGAGAUGCGAACAGGAGAUGAGCUGGUUCAGAUGAUUGCACAUAUUUACUACAAUGCCAAAAGGCCUGCAUGUUUUAACAACUAGGAUAGGCAUGUGUCAAGUCUUUAUAAACCUACGAGUGAGACCUUGGAUAACUUGUGGGAUUUGAUGGCGAGAUGAUUGACAUGUGUGGCGGAGAGGCGUCCAAGGCACAAAGAUAAAUAUCGAGGGGAGAAGCUAGAGAUAGAGCAGGAGCCAUGAGGCGGGAGGGAGCGAAUUUUUUCAAUUGUUGUAAUAGUUAUUGGCUUAUUUAUUUUAUUUAAUUGACACUCUUUUAUUGCGUACAAUUUCACCGCCUUAGAACGUACACCUUUCCCCAAAGGCGCAUGCCCUUUAGUGGAGUCAAUUAGGAUCCGCCUUUCAUCACAUUAUGGGCCGUUUCGGGUCCCCUUUUUUAAUUUUUAUUUUUUUGGCAUUGGGUUGAC